UCCUUUCCAACAGGAAACUACACAUUUGCUGCUCUAUUAAGCUGGAGGCAGAGUGGCACAGAAUCCGGAAGCCAGACUCCUUUUUUUUAGCAGAAGUUUUUUUUAAAAGCAAAAUGAAAAGUAUUGGGUAUCUAUGGAUCUCCAGCAUCCUCUUGCCAUGGUCUGCGGUAUCUGGACAUCCUUGUAACAUUGAUAAAAUGGGACGGGCUGCCUGCAGUGGAAAGAGCCUUCUCCAUCCUCCCAAUUUUCUUCCCAGACAUAUUACCAUGCUAGAUCUAUCUUUCAAUUCUCUGAUGAUGCCCAAGUAUGGACCUUUUCUGAGAAGCUUUCCUUCCUUACAUUCCCUAAAUCUUUCCAGCAACAGCAUUCCUACUCUUUCCCCCUCUCUGUUCUGUAAUCUUGGUGCUCUUCGCCUUUUGGAUCUAAGCAACUGUGACAUUUCUCAUGUGCACCGAAUGAGCUUCCGAGGUUUGAAAAGCCUCCACUCUCUACAUCUGAACAACAACAAACUUCAAUCUCUGGACCUCUCCAUUUUUCCUGCCUCUGGAAUCCUUGCCCAUCUGGAUCUGCAAAACAAUGAACUGCCCUGCAGGCAUGAGCUUGUACAAUUAAAUGUGCAAAGAAUCCACCAUAUCAAACUUCAGGGGAACCCUUCAGUGUGCAGUGAUUCCCUAAGUCCUUUCCAGCAAGCAGUGCCAGGAAAAGAAGAACUCCAGAUUCAAGAAAUCAGAACUUCAGAUUAUGAGAUUGUGAGCCACAGAAGAAAACUUCAGUUCCUUCAUAUUGGGGCUACGAAAAAGCCAUCAUCAUUAGAAAAUGCUACAGCAGCUAUUACCACACCUUCUACUCAAACAGCUGGGAAAAACUGGAUCUACUUUGCUGGUUUUGUGCUUUUGGCUAUCAUCCUCUCUCUCCUGAUUGCAUUGAUUGUCAAAUGCAAAUUGCUCCACAAAAAGCAUGCCAGCUAUCAUCAUCAACGGUUGCCCGAUUCUCGCUCCAUUGGAAGCAGCCAUAUUGAGGAAGGAGAUGGCAUGGCAUAUGGGAGGAACCAACCAAUAAGUGGAGCUUCUGAGUGCUAUCCAGAGGAUGAUGAUGGUUUCAUAGAAGAUAACUAUAUUGUGUCCAAUCAAGAGUUGAAGGAGGAAGAGGAAGAUCUGGAGUUGGAACCUCAUUUCAAAGUUGGAAGAUCCUUUUAGGAACAAAGUUCAGUUUGUUAUGUGCUCCAGUUUGUGCAUAAAGCCUAUUUCAUUUCAAG